AUGAAGGCAAUCAUUCUCGUUGGUGGCUUCGGCACCAGACUGCGACCUCUUACACUCACACUGCCAAAGCCAUUGGUCGAGUUCUGCAACCAGCCCAUGAUCUAUCACCAGAUCAAGGCCUUGGCAUCAGCAGGUGUCACAGAUAUCGUCCUUGCCGUGAACUACAGACCAGAAAUCAUGGCCAAGGCAUUAGAAAAAUACGAGAAGGAAUUCAAUGUCAAGAUCACAUUCUCCAUCGAAGCCGAGCCAUUAGGUACGGCUGGUCCUCUGAAACUGGCAGAGAAAGUCUUGGGCAAGGACGACAGCCCCUUCUUCGUCCUUAACGCAGACGUCAUCUGCGAGUACCCAUUCCAGAAGCUGGUUGAGUUCCACAAGUCGCACGGCGAGGAAGGCACCAUCGUCGUCACAAAGGUUGAAGAGCCAUCGAAAUACGGUGUCGUUGUUCACAAACCAAACCACCCGAGCAGAAUCGAUCGAUUCGUAGAGAAGCCAGUCGAGUUCGUCGGUAACCGAAUUAACGCUGGUAUCUACAUCCUCAACCCCUCAGUCCUCCAGAGAAUAGAACUCCGACCCACCUCCAUCGAACAAGAGACCUUCCCAGCGAUCGUUAAGGAUGGUCAGCUGCACAGCUUCGACCUGGAAGGUUUCUGGAUGGACGUUGGACAGCCAAAAGAUUUCCUGUCUGGAACAUGCCUAUACCUCUCCAGCUUAUCCAAGCGAGAUCCCAAGCAACUCGUCCCAGCCUCAGAACCAUUCGUCUAUGGCGGUAACGUCAUGGUUCACCCAACAGCCAAGAUUGGUCAGAACUGCAGAAUCGGACCUAAUGUGACCAUCGGACCAAACGUCGUUGUCGGCGAUGGUGUACGAAUUCAGAGAUCGGUCAUCUUGGAGAACAGCAAGGUCAAGGACCACGCAUGGGUCAAGAGCACUAUCUGUGGCUGGAACAGCACAAUCGGCCGAUGGGCUAGAUUGGAGAACGUCACUGUCCUAGGCGACGAUGUCAGCAUUGGUGAUGAGGUCUACGUAAAUGGUGGCUCUGUACUACCACACAAGAGCAUCAAGCAGAACGUCGAGAGUAGGUCAAAUAUUGUCCAUCACAUCAAAGCCUAG